CUUUUUUUAUUUUAGUUAUAUGAAAGUUGCAAAAUAAACUGUAUUAUAUUAUGCAUUAAGAAAUUAAGUGCAAAUAUGAGUAGUUACCUGAUUAAUGCACUUGAUGAACUCACAAACCAAGUUAUACCUCAAAAAGACGCCCUAGAAAAAUAUAGAUUUUAUUUAGGCGAAAUCAUGAAAUAUCAGGGUUCAGAUUUGAAACAUCUACUAAAGAAGUUACUUAGUAUUGUACUUCAAGAAAAUGUGAGUGCUGUAGUCUCAAGACAAGUAAUAGCUGAUGUUUCCUCAGCAUUACCAAAGUUAGACAAUGAAACAGUGAAAGUUGUAUCACAUUUUGCUCUUGAAAAUUUGCAUUCUAGAGCCAUUUCUUUUGAAGAACAGGUUGUGGCUAUUCGUCAACAUUUAGCCACAGUUUAUGAAGGGGAACAGUUAUGGAGAGAAGCUGCUGAAACUUUAGUUGGCAUUCCUCUUGGAACAGGACAAAAACAAUACAGUGAGGAGAUGAAGCUAGAGAUUUAUUUGAAGAUUGCUCAAUUGUAUCUGGAAAGUGAAGAUCCUGUCCAAGCAGAAAUAUAUAUAAACAGAGCAUCCUUGUUGCAAAAAGCAAUUAGUGAAAAUGAAAAGUUAGAUAUACUAUAUAGAGUUUGCUAUGCUCGAGUUCUGGAUUAUCGUCGAAAAUUUAUUGAAGCUGCACAGCGGUAUAAUGAAUUGUCUUAUAACACUCGGGUUCAUGAAACAGAAAGAAUGGAAGCUUUAAGACAUGCUCUAAUAUGCACAAUAUUAGCUUCUGCAGGUAAGCAAAGGUCCAGGAUGCUUGCAACUUUGUUUAAAGAUGAACGAUGUCAACAGUUACCUGCACGUGAAAUACUUGAAAAAAUGUAUUUAGAUCGAAUUAUUCGGGGUCCACAGUUAAAAGAGUUUAGUGAUAUGUUAGCACCACAUCAAAAAGCUACAACUACUGAUGGCUCGACGAUUUUAGAUAGAGCUGUUGUUGAACAUAAUCUUCUUGCAGUUAGUAAACUUUACAAAAAUAUUGCAAUUGACCAAUUGGGAGAGUUGCUUGAUAUAAAACCAGCUAAAGCAGAACGCAUUGCUUCUCAUAUGAUUUCCAAUGGUACAAUGAAUGGAUAUAUUGACCAAGUAGAUGGAUUUAUUCAUUUUGAAGCGCAAGAAGUACUUGCCACUUUUGAUGAUCAAAUACGUGGAUUGUGUUCUCAAGUAAACAAUAUCAUUCAAAAAAUUGAAGAGCACGUUCCUUUUUGGCAGUCAUCAUUUAAUGAAAAGAAACUUGUCACAAUGGACACAAGUUAACAUAUAAAUUGGCUUAAUGACGUCACAUACAGAUGUCCAUAAUGCAUUUACAAAAGAUUCUUAGAAGUAGAAGAUGGCAAACAAUGUUAAAAUAAGUUCUAUAGUCUUAUACAAUUCACCGAUUUUAAAAGUUAAACAUUAUUUAAAAAUUGUAUAAUGUGAUCAGAUAAAGCUGAUUAAAGAUGAAAAUCAAUUUUCUAAA